UCUCUUUCAGAUGAUUCACUUGGAAAUGAACAAAAUCAAAAUGUUAUUCCUGAAUCGGUUGAGCACUCUAAAAAUAAAAAGCAUCUUGUGCCAUGGUGGAUAACAGAAGAUGAUUCAGAUGAUGGUAUUGUACUGAUAUUUAUUCUAUGUAACAUCUCUGCCACAAGGUGUCAGUGAAUCACUUGUGUCUAUAUAUACAUGACUAUGCGUAUGUAAAUUUUGGGUCAGUAAUUGUCUCUCGGGCCUAGCCUAGGAAGUAGGAUACAUAACAACUCAUACUAGACCUGCAUGUAAAUUACCUAAAGCGAAUAUGAUUUCAAUUUGAAGUGGAUUGAUUCAAGCUGAAUUUUAUUCACAUGUAUAGAGAUGGGGGUGUUUAUAUGUGUGUGUGAGUGAGAGACAGAGAAGGAGAGAAAAUGAAAUAGAAAUUGUAGGACUAAUUUUUUUUAAAGAGGUGCUUAACAGUGUUAAGCAUAAUGUCUUUUUCUGAGUUUGGGCAGCUGUUUCAGGAGUUGUUUGAAGCUAUAUUGUGCUAUAUUCUACCUAUAUCUUUUGCUAAUCAUUUAAAAAACUGUAUGAUUAUAUGAGUAACUAUAAAUAAGUUCAUUCUUCUUUUUAUAACACUUCAAGGCACUUUGUGAUUGUCUCCCUAUUUACAUAAACAAAUAAGAUUCAGGAGAAGUAGAUAUUGGAUGGCAAACUUAUAUUCUUAAUCAUAUAUAUUAGAGAUCAAGUACCAUUCCAAAUAAAUAUUCAAGGGAUCGUAUUGUUAAGGUGUUUCAUAUGUUCAUUGAGAAAUUAACUUGUUGUUGUUGUUAGUUGCAAAGUCGUGUCCGACCCCAUGGACAAUGUUCCUCCAGGCCUUCCUGUCCUCUACCAUCCUCUGGAGUCCAUUUAAACUCAUGCCUACUGCUUCAGUGACUCCAGCCAGCCACCUCGUUCUCUGUCGUCCCGUUCUCCUUUUGCCCUCAAUCUUUCCCAGCAUUAGGCUCUUCUCCAGUGAGUCCUUCUUUCUCAUUAGGUGGCCAAAGAAUUUCAGUUUCAUCUUCAGGAUCUGGCCUUCUAAAGAGCAGUCAGGGUUGAUCUCCUCUAGAACUGACUUGUUUGUUCGCCUUGCAAUCCAAGGGACUCGCAGGAGUCUUCUCCAGCACCAGAGUUCAAAGGCCUCAAUUCUUUGGUGCUCAGCCUUUCUUAUGGUCCAACCUUCACAGCCAUUGCAACUGGGAAAACCAUAGCCUUGACUAUACGCACUUUUGUUGGCAGGGUGAUGUCUCUGCUUUUUAAUACGCUGUCUAGAUUUGCCAUAGCUUUCCUCCCCAGGAGCAAGCGUCUUUUAAUUUCUUGGCUGCAGUCCCCAUCUGCGGUGAAGAAAUUAACUAUUAAACUGUAAAGCACAUUGUACAGGAACACUUAGAGUAGUCUUUCUAACUAAAUACCCAAAUAGUGGAUCUGGCAAAUUUCCUCAUCUGUCAUAUUGCACUGUCUUAUAAUAAUGUAGUUUGGGAUUUUUAUAUAACAUUGUACUUUAAUCAUAAAUCAUUUGUUCUGUUGUCUGCCCUCUAAUGAAACUUCGUUGAAAGAAGCAACGUGAAGAUCAAUAUGCUUUCUGAAAUGGGUGAAAAUCAAAUAAUAUGAUCACUGUUGGAUAAAAUUUGGUAGAUAGUAGUAAAGCUUAAUGAACUGUAAAGUAUUUCAGUUUUGUGAAGAGUUAAGUUUGCAGUGAAAAUUCCUAAUUCAGUGCCCUGCUUUUAAUAUAAAACAUUUGUAAAGGGGAAAAAAUCCAUUAUAAUAUUUAUAGCUCUUAAGCUACCAUUUCAAAACAGAUACUUAGAAGUAUUCUUUUUGAUGAAAAGUACGAGAAAAAAAUAUUUAGCGAUGAGACGAUAAAAGCAAAUUCAAUUGUUUAGCCUUAUUUUUAGUAAGCGGGAUCUAGAUUUGCAAUUCUGCAAAUAGAAGGACUGUCUGAUCCACAAAAAACAGAGAGAUUAUUUUUUUACCAAAUGUCCUUUCCCAUAUAAGUCCAGACAUCUUGGGAGAACAAGGGACUAGAGUGGAAAGGAUAAAUUAUUACACUUAUGCCAGUGGCAGCAGGAUUUACCUCAUCAGUUUUUGGAAUCCCAUUAUUUCCAAAAAAAAGCAAGUUUAUCAAAAGUUUAUCAAAAGGGAAUGAGAAGAAACUUAUUGGGAGACAAGAUGCAGUGGCUGAAGAUUGUGAAAAGAGGGUAUCAUUUUCAGAUAAUGAGCCUGGUAUACGUGACACCAGCAAUACCUUUCUGAAAUCGCGGAAGCUUUCUCCUUCUAUUGAGGAAGUAGAUGAAGCUUUUGGAGAAGACCUCCAGCUCCCGCAGCUUCAUGGUGUUUCUGUCUCUUUAAGCAAAGAUAGUUUGGAAUCAAAUGAUUCAGUUGUUGCUUUGGGACCCAGUGAGAAUAUUUUGGGAGAUGGAUUAGAUACUUUGGAAGAAGAAGAAGAAAAGGAGAAGUUUUUUGCUGACCUUGAGAAAGGAGCAUCCUCUACCAUAGACUACUCAAAAUUAAAUAAGGAACUAGAUUCUAAUAAUUCUGACAUCCUGCACCCGUUUUUAUGCAACCAGCCUCAAGUGAAACAGACAAAAGAAGAAAAUGACAGCGAAUGUAUGAGUCAUGAAAAAUCUGGUGAUUAUAGUGAGGAUUUUGAGGAAAAUUCAGAGUGUAAUGAAGACAAUAAAGCUGAACAGGUGGUCACGUCUGAAGCUACUGAGGAAAGGACAGGCAUGCUGGCCAAAGUUCUUCUGGAUUCCCAGGAGUCAGUUUUAGAAACUCCAAAAGCCAAUGAAGAGCAAGAUGCAGCUGGGGUAGAACAAUAUACAGCUCAAGAAAUUACUGCAGAAGAAAUGACUGGAACAGGUAUUUCCAGUGGGCAAACAAACAGCGACAUUGAAGCCUUGCAGCAAGCUUACCAUCACGUUGAACAGUCUUUAGGAACUACAGAUGAACAGAAUGAUGAAAAAAUGGAAGUGGAAGAGAGUUUAGUCAAUGACACUUCACAAAAUAAAGAAAGCUGCCCCCAGAAUACUUCCAUUACUAAUUCUGAUUUGCCGACUAUAGAAGAACUGAUGAAACCUAUCAGAGCAGAUUCAUCUUUUGUCAGGGGAUUUGAACUGGAGCCUAUUAGUCCUGUGAAAGUCACACAAGAUCACACAGAUGGAUUAAUGAAGCCGCCUGAUGAAGCCGUGGAAUCCCAAAACAUUGGCUGUCUUUUAAACCAUCCUGGUGAACAAGAAAAUACUUCCGUUUUAGAAGUUGCAAAUGAAAGUAGCAAAGAUAGUCCUCAUCUGAAAGUUAUCAAGCAGAAAUUAGCUGAUAAAAUUAAACAUAAUGUUAUGAAAUUAAGCACUCUCUCAAAUUGUUCAACACUCUAUCAGGAGAGGAAAUCUGGACAGGUGCAUCAACCCAACACUUGGAAUAAAGAGAAUCCAAAUUUAGUACCAGAUAAACAAGUAAUGUAUAAAAGUAGUAAAAACACAAUGACUAUUCACAGAAAGAAACAUUUGGCUGGAUCACAUAGUUCUGUUAGAAGCUCUGGAUAUGGAAAACCUAAUUCUUCGUUAAAGCACUUUCCUACAGUUAACGAGAAGACAUUGAAGGAAAACAACAAAAAUCCACUUCUGAAAGUCAAAUCUCCUCCAAAGCAGAAAGGCACAUCAGUGACUAAAGUAACUCAGACAAAACCCCAUUCACUCUUCCCCAAAAGAAAUGAUUCUACUGAUCCUAGACAAUCAUCUCCAGGUGGAUUUCCACCAGAGCCUAAAGAAAAUGACAGCCAGGGUUACAAGGUAGCCCCAAUUUCCUCCUUUCAUAGUGAAAGAGAGCUUUAUUUACUAAAAAGAGCACAGGAAGCAGAGGAAAAAUUGACUGUAGCCAAUACUUUGAUUGAACAUCUGAAAACCACCUCCCUUGAAAGAGAGAAGGAAAUGGAGGCAAAGUUUCUGGAAAGGAAAAUGCAGCAAGAUAAAGAGCUGUCUCAGUUAAGCCAAGAAAAUUACGUUCUUCAAACACAGCUAAAUAAUAUAAAAGAUCUAAAAAAAGGAACAAUGUGGUCAAGUAUUCGUGAGAAAAAUCUGAACGAUGAAGAAAUGUUAAAAGAAAUCCAAAAAGAAAUCCAGAGUCAAGAGAUUCUUCUCCAAGGAUACCACCAGGAGAAUGAAAAAUUAUAUAAACAAGUUAAGGAGCUUCAGCUAAAUAACAAGACAAAUGAGGAAAUUAUGUUUAAAGAGAAUCAACGUUUGAUGACUCAAUUAGCAGCUUUACAGGAGAAGGUGGAAAAAAACAAUGUUUUACCACAUGGGGUACAGAAUAAUAAACCAUCUGAGAAUCAGAAUUUUACAGACUUGAUUUCAGAACUUCGAGCAGCCAAGGCUACAGAAGCCAAUUUGCUUGAAGAGAGAAAGCAUCUAAAGCAAGAUAAACAAGCCCUUGAAGUUGAUUUGGCACAAAUGAAGAAAGAGCGAGAUCUGGCAAGAGCCCAGUUUGUUUCUGCCUCAGGUGAGAAAUCGUAUGAAAUGAAGAUUAUGGAAGAGUCCUACAAAGGUGAAAUUAAUCGCUUGCAAAAAAGACUCCAGUGGUAUGCAGAAAAUCAGGAACUCUUGGAUAAGGAUGCAGCUCGCCUCAGGGGAGCAAAAGAAGAAAUCGAUAAGCUGAAAGUGGAGGUGGAAAAGCUUAGAAGUGAAGCUGGACAUCAUUCUGCCCAGCAAAGAACACGGCUAAAAAAUAGAGCAGCAGAUGCCAAACGGAUUCAAGACCUUGAGCGGCAGGUUAAGGAAAUGGAAGGGAUUCUGAAGAGAAGAUAUCCUAAUUCUUUGCCAGCUUUGAUUUAUGCUGCUGCUACAGCAGCUUCUGAGGGAGAUGGUGAUGCUUCACCAAAAAAUAAUACAGUGGAAUUUCUUGAAAGAAGAGUUAAAAAGUUAGAAACUGAACUGGAGGGUAAAGAUGAUGAAGCCAAAAAAAGUCUCCGUGCCAUGGAACAGCAGUUUCAAAAAAUAAAGCUUCAAUAUGAGAAAAGAAUUGAGGAACUUGAACAACUGCUGGCAUAUAAACUGCUGAACGAGCCUCAGAAGCUUCAAGACAAGUCAUCCAGCUUUGAUCAGGAACUGCGUCAGGUCAAUGAAGCCCACCAGAAGACCAUUCAGAAUCUUCAGGCUGAAAUCGAUUCCCUUCGAAGCCACAUAACUCAGCUGGAAAGUCAGAAGAAGCCACGGGAUGACGACGCAGAUCUGCAGUCACUAGAAUUUCAGGUGGAGCAGGCUCGUGCGAAAGCCCAGUUGGUUCGGCUCAAUCAGGAAAUGAUUGCCAAAAACCGGGAGAUAAAAGACCUCACGAAAACUGUGGAAAGGCUUCAAAAAGAGAGGAGGAGGAUGCUCUCCGGUACAAAUUCUGGAAGAAGACUCGAUAAAAAAGGAACGCUGGAAAAAGACACUCUGAGCCCUGAGAAAAAGGUCCCCAGGAGUCCAGGUUUUUCCCCUGAUAAUCUCAAAGAUAAAAUAUACCAGCCCAAUGUCUUUGCUGACGCUCACAUUUCAGAAGUUCAACAAGAAAACGCCACCCUGAAAGAAGAACUGGAAAAGUUGAAACUAGAACUAAGCGAGGAAAGGAUAUCAUCUCAAGCAGCUCUGGCAAAUGCUGAAGAGCUUAUGAGAAGGGCAAAAGAAGAGUUACAAGGUCAUAUUGCUACUCUUAAAGUAUCGCACCAGAAGGAGCUGGAGAGAAUUCUUUGCCAGCAAGCAAUAGAAUAUUCUACUUCCAAAGCAGCAGAACUGAACAGCAAGAUUUCGUCUCAAGAGAGCCUUAUUAAGUACCUUCAGCAGCAGGUUCAUGAGCUGCAAAAGGAGAAGGGAGCCCUUGUGGUUUCACAAAGGAGGGAGGCCAUUCUUCAGAAGGAGAUGGCAAAGUUAUUGGAAGAGCUCAAAGUAGCUAGAGAGAAUCAGAGUCCUGAGUUAAAACACUUUUCAUAUCUGGAACAAAAAAUAAAACAAUUAGAAACCAGUUAUGAACAGAGGGAGCAAGAACUUCAGCAGGUAAUACAACAAGCACGAUACAAUGCAGAAGUCGAACUGUUUCGGGAAACCGAGAAAUGGAAGAGACUUGCUCUGUUGAAGAAUCAAGAACUGGAAAAAUUUCGCAUUGAACUAGAUUCAAUGUUAGAUGUUUUACGGCAGUUGCAGAAACAAGGUGUUGUUAUAACACCAGGUAGCUCAAAUAUGCCAGAAAAUUAUUGGAAAAUUUGAACAUCUGAGUUAAUCAGAUACUGAGAGCUCUAAUAAAAAUAGAAAUAAGCUAAAAUUCUGUAAAGGUCUUUGGUUAGUGUUUUGACUCAGUCCAGAUUUCUACUAAAAAUGGAGUUAAAUCUAGAAUUUAAAUGACUUUUUUUUUAUCCUUUAAAAUUUUUCAUAUUUUAAAAUAAAUAUAUUUUACUAAACGUUGUAGUAGACAUGAUUAGAUUUUUGUAAACAUUACCAGUUUUGUUUUGUUUUUUACCUUACAAGAGUUCUGAGAAGCUUGGAUGACACAGCAAUUGAAGAUGAUGAGGCACUGUAACCAUAGGGACAGAACAUAAUGGUUGUUUUCACAAGUCUUGCUUUUUUAUUUUAGUCAGCAAAAAUGAUAGUUGUUUCCAACAACUGCAGUAAAAUCUCUGAGGCAUCAUUUUUAUUUGUGAAAAUAUUUAGUAAAAAAAAAAAACCUACUCAGUUUUGUAAUCUCUAAUUAGAUUCUUGUCCCAUUAAGUAUUGCUAAAUGCCUGGUAUCAGCUGGUUUAGCUGAUUGUGGCCUAAUCUACUGCCCAAUUAGAGCACUUAAUGUGGUAUUCUGAGUGGAUUUGGAGGAAGAAUAGAAUAUCUUCCCUUAUUAAUUGCAUGACCUUCGACCUUUAUGGUCAAAGGCCAAUUAUGUAAAAUUGGGUAAUAUAGCUCAUUCAAGUUAGAAACAGUUAUUGCAGUCCAAGUCUACUGAAUAGGGCUGAGCAGUUUUAAGAUUAAUAUCAAAAUGUCAUAUAAAAAUACUGGGUAUUGCACUCAGUAAAGAAUAGUUAACAUAAGAGUAAUUCAUAAAAUAUUUAGAAUCUUAUUUGGCUUUUAUAAAAUAUUUGAAAACUGUUGUGUCGGCUAUGCUUUUCAAUAACAAAACAUCAUCUUUGUUUAUACCUAUUCUGAGAGACAAAUUUUCCAUUUACCAUUCAUUCCCACACUGAUUAGGCUGAUGUUUCAUAGUUCUCUCUUUAUUUUAAUGACAGCAUUGUCAGUCUUGGCUGCCGGGUGGUUUUUCUUCAAGCGACAAAGCAGGGUUGAGCCCCAUCCCCGCCCCAUCCCACAAUCAGGGAUCUCCCUCUUAAAUAAAAGCAACUCUCUCCGUUGCCUCCAAUGGUAGAGGACAAGAGAGAGACAGAAGCCUUCAGGGAGGACAUGGGCACUGUCUCUUUGAAAAAGAAGAAUUCAGCUCCCAUCCUUUUGAUCCAUUGGCAAGAGAGCUGGAGUAACAUAAGGGGAGAGAUUCAUGGAACGAUUCUGGGUAAUGCUAACUGCAAGCAGCAUUCUCAUUAAAUGAGAAAGGAAUUCUAUUAGGACUGAAAUAUGGCCAGACGGUGUUGAUAAACAAAACUCACCCAGUUGUUGCAUAGAAGUGGCAACAGCCAUCACAACUGUAAGGGAAGUAAGUAGGCUUUUCAGUGUUUAGAAGCUGCCUCAGUGACAAGGGGUUCAGUUCAGCAAGCACUUCCAGUGGCUGAAAUUUUGUCAGUGGACUCAGUUACAGUGGUGAUACCAUUAACAGACCUGAAAGAACUGGUUAAGGAUAAGUCUUGGAGAAAAUCUUAUCUGGUCACUGGUGAUCAAAAAGACUUAAUGGAACAUCAUUGAAGAGCAAAUGUCAAGUAAUCUACAGUGGAGCUCCAGUCCUUCUAAUGUGUGUUGAAUUAUAAUGUCCCAAAAAGUUCUGUCAUUCAGAUCUGUUUGAUGUUAAGAGCCAAAUAUUACCACCAUCUUUCUGGUCUAACUACAUUUCUUUUUUGUAAUGACUAAAUGUGACGUAUUUCAUUAUUGUUCAGUUCUUGGCAUGUUAUUCAACAUAAGUACCACAUUUCCAAGUCAGUGUGUCAUUGACUUCCACCAGUUUGUAGACUUAGGGCAAUUCCACAUUGUAGCAUUUUGCUCCUUGUCUACUGGGUGAUGCCAGUUGGAUAUGAAGCCAGACUAACCACUGCCUGGAUGUCAAGCUAUGGCAACAAUGCCAGCCAGAUCUUCUGUCUACCUGUUUGGUCCCAAUCUUGAUUCUUUAGCUCAUUGUCUAUGGAGAUUCUCAGCCAUCUGGGUCAUGGUUGUACCAAAGGUGCUUUUUCAAGAGGCAACUGGACUUUCUUGCACGAAGGAAGUCCAGUUGCCUCUUGAAAAAGCACCUUUGGGAUUCUUUAGCUCCAACACUCAGAGAGCAAGCAUCACUUUUCAUGGGUGGGUCUUUGAUGGUUUAUAUUUGCAUGAGUAAACAAUACCCAGCAGUUACAGAAUCAUACAUUUGGGAGGGAUCUUCAAGGUCAUCUAGUCCAACUUCCUGCUCAGUGCAGAAAUUGUUUGCUCACAAUAACCCCUUUGCUGCCCUUUAAAAUACUAAUGAGAAGAGUGGGCUACCCAUAUUUUACCAUCCAAAGAGAUACUUUCUACCAGCAUUUAGUUAGCAAGACCCACUAAGAGAAUGUCAACAAGCCAAAAACAUAAUAGGAUUCUAACCUGGAAGUCCAGUAUCCAUUUGUGAUAUUGAGAGAAAGGAGGGGAGGGGGGAUUAUCCCUCUUAUUUGUUUGUUCAUUUAAUAUGCUAUCCAUUUUGGCAGCUUACAAUACAAUAAAAACUUGAAAAAUUGACAAAGAAUUUCAGUGUUCUUUUUUUUCUUAUUUUGUUUUGGGGGUUUUUUUUGUUUUGUUUUUUGUUGGUUUUCUUUGGAACUUACAAUAAAAACCUGAAAAAUUGACAAAAGAAUUUCAAUGUUCUUUUUUUUUCUUCUUAUUUUUUGUUAGGAAAAGGUUUGGGGUUUUUUUGUUCCUUGCUAUACUUUUUCCACAAGAGAUUGUACCAUGGGAGAA